AACUAGAUUGUUAGUAUGGCAUGAAGUGGAUGACUGUAGGCCAGGAUCAUUAGAGUUUUGCAGCUGCAGCAUGUAAUCAGCAUAUUCAUCUCUGCUCUCAUUGAUGUAGCACUUAUUUAGAAAUAGAAAACAAGCCACUACAGCUAUAUCCACAAUGGUGCUAGAUCCUUUAAUGUAUCAGGCUGGCGUUUUUCACAUCAUUUUAAUGUUCUGAAUUUUAAUAUAAACCCCAAAUACACGUAUUACCAAACAAUUCGUUCAAUUACAUAAUUUAUGAGAUACUGUUUCGUAACUGUUACAUUUGGAAUAAGGUCAACCUCUAUUUUGAGCAUCAAGAUACCUUGCAAGCAUUUCACCUGUUAAGCUCGCAAUGCAUGACAGCCGCAAUGUGUGACGUAAUAUUGAGUUUUCGAAGAGGAGUGUGGGGGGUACGAUUUGCUGAAAUGGGAAGAAUUUGCCGCUUUAUUUCAGUGUUCGCGUAAAAUACGUACCCCCUUAAUGGCAAUAUUGAUUAAAUUUUAUGCGAUGAACUCCAAAAUCAAGAAUGAUUCCAGCUGUUAGUUAUGUUUUUGUCUACAUAGUCUUAACUUCAGUGGCCUACAAAUUUUAUUAGGAAUUAAAAUGUAAAUAAAUGCUGCGAUAUCAACGUUUAUAUUUAAUUUUGGAUGUUGUUCGCAGAACAAUAGUUGUGCAGCGUGGCUCAGGCAUUCCUCCGGAAGAUGACCACAGGUCUGCGUCACAUUGCAACUGAACCAGCUAAUCUAAGUAAUAAAUACUUAAGUAUGGACAAGAAACGAAGUCCUUUGCCUCGUAACAAGAUCAAGUCUGUCACAGGUGCAGCAUCUGAUUCUGAAGGCAGUUUGGAGAGCAACAGUCUGUCUGCUGACUCAAAUAAUGAUCACUUACCAAAAACACCACCAAAAGACAAUGCAGCAAAGAAGCGAGGUGCCAGACGAGGAUCAGAGUGGGAGAUUUUAGAAGGUCUGAAAGAUGGGCAGAGGUUUGAUAGGAAACCAGACAUUUGUACUGGUUACCUGCACAAGAAAAGGAAAUGGCCUCUCAAGGGCUGGCACAAACGGUACUUUGUAGUUGACAAAGGAAUCUUGGUAUAUGCCAAAGGCCCAGGAGACAUUGCAAGGGGUAAGAUUCAUGGUUCAGUUGAUAUUGGAUUAUCUGUUAUAUCAACCAAAGCAAAACGAAAGCGACUUGAUAUAGAUGCUGAAGAAUUCAUCUAUCAUCUCAAGGCUAAGACUCUUGAGUCUUUUCUAAAGUGGGUAGAACAGCUGAAACAGCAUCGACUAUAUCGACAACAUCUUCUCACAUUUGGUACAAAGGAUUUACCUGUAAUAAGAGCACAAGGCAGUAAUGCAGAGGGCGACAGCUCUAAUCGCAGCAAGGUAGCUAUGACUCCUCCAGAGAUUGUACCAAAUCGUGAUGGCUCUUUACCAAGGAAUGUGAAGCCCUGUUCUCCUCCACCUAGUAUUUUGGGUUCUGGGGCAGGUGCAGGCAGUCGGUUAGCUGCCUGGGUCAUUGACUCUGCACCACCACUGGAAACACUCAAUAAAGAGUUGGGACAGGUUUCACAGAACAUUGUGCAGCUAACACGAAUCUUGGAACAGAUAGAAUCAAUACCGACCAUUGAUACUGAGCUUGCAAAUGAAGGCUUUUCUCCUAAUGUGAAAAAGGACCGUAAGAAAUUUGGUCUUCGGAAGAAAAAGAGUUCCAAAGGAAGCUCUGUAGAUUUGACUGGUUCUAGUCCCAACAAGACUACUGAACCUGAAUCAGCAUCUCCACUGUCAGUCAGUUUUCCUGGCACAGAGACGUGUUCAUUCAUGGGCCUCAGUGUCUCAUCCAUCCAGCAGCAGUCUACAACUGGGGGCUUGAGCAGCAGCAACACUUCACUUCCUACAACAACACUGGCUGCAAGACCUCAGAGCCUACCAGGGCCUGAACACCUGCUUCCUCUUGCAAUGAAUGCUGUAACUACUAUUAACAACACUGCAGCACUUACACUAUGCAACUUAGACACCAAACCAUCAGGCACUCCAGAUAACCAGAUUCGGGAAGAUUUUGCAAUAUUAGCCAAAGAAAUUAAUGGUAGCCUAAAGAUAGUAUUGUACACACUGACUACAGAGCGUGACCGACUGAAGACUGCAUUGGAGUCAGACAGUACCUUUCUUUUGAACCUUGGGGCUUCCAUCCCUUCAUCAGCUGCUACUGGCAAUAUGGUAGCUAGUCUGCGAAAUUCUCUUAAUCAGGCUCUGCAGCAGAAUGCUGACUUGCGCUUGAGACUGGCUCGUAUCCAUGACACAGCAGAUCUCAGUGAUAUUUCUUCAGUUGGACCUGCCUCUGAAGUGCUUCAGAAACCUCUUCAUGCUUCGCUAUCAUACAGCUCAUCUUGCAUUAGUGCGUCUGAAUUCUUUGAUGCAGAAGAAUACCAGUUACAUCAGGAUAGGCAAGGGGGACGUGAUGGUAGUGAUACGUCAUCUGAAGCUUGUAGCCUUACUAGUGAAGAGGGCAGUGUCAGCAGUGAGAAUAGUGAAGUGGGUACAGAGUACACCCCAGCACAGAGUCUGGCUGAAGGAACUGGGGCUUCCAACAUGAAAUGUAUGACAGGACGACGUACCAAACUAUCUGCGCCAAGACCUGACACUGAAGGGCUGUCUCUCUGGAACCUGCUGUGCAAGAACAUUGGCAAAGAUUUGUCACAAGUCUCCAUGCCAGUUGCAUUAAAUGAACCUCUCAACAUGUUGCAGCGAAUGUGUGAAGAACUAGAGUACAGUGAACUUCUGGAUAAAGCUGCAGAGGUGGACGAGCCAUAUGAACGAAUGGUAUACAUUGCAGCAUUUGCAGUAUCAAGUUAUGGAUCCUCCUACUUUCGGGCAGGAAGCAAACCGUUCAACCCUGUAUUAGGAGAGACAUAUGAAUGUAUCCGAGAAGAUAAGGGCUUCCGUUUCAUAGCAGAACAGGUGAGUCACCAUCCUCCCAUCAGUGUGUGCUAUGCAGAAUCUCGAAACUUCAUCUUCAGCCAAGAUGCUAGGAUCAAGACUAAAUUUUGGGGAAAAUCGAUGGAGUUCCAACCAACAGGUAGUGUAAAUGUACAGCUGCCCAGAUAUGGUGACCAGUAUCAGUGGAACAAAGUAACAACGUGUGUGCACAAUCUGUUUGGUGGUCAACGCUGGGUUGAUCAGUAUGGAGAGCUGCGUAUUACCAAUGGCAGAAUCAACUGCAAACUUACAUUUGUCAAGGCAAGCUAUUGGUCAGCCAAACGGCAUGAAGUGUUCGGUGUAGUGACAAAUGAAGAAGGGAAGGUUGUGAGGAAUUUGUUUGGGAAAUGGAGUGAAGCCCUGUACUGUGGAGUUGCACCUUCUGCUCGGUGUGUGUGGAGGCCAGGAACGAUGCCAGAAGAGUAUGAAAUGUACUAUGGAUUCACCAGAUUUGCAAUGGAGCUUAAUGAACUAGAUCCAGACAUGGCCAAAUAUCUCCCAAUUACAGACACAAGAUUCCGGCCAGAUCAGAGAUUACUGGAAGAAGGGAAUCUGUCAGCAGCAGAAACUUUAAAGCUUCAGUUGGAACAGGCACAACGGGACCGACGGAAACGUAAAGAGCUGGAAGGUAUACAGCAUGAGCCACGAUGGUUUAGCAAAUGCAUUACAGUUGAUGGUGAAGAGUCAUGGAAGUACAGUCACAAGUACUGGGAAUCCCGCAAGUCUCCUGGGUUUGUUAACAUGCAAUUUGAAGCUCUCUGGUGACAGACACAUUGUAUCUUUACACGUUACAUGGUAGUCUUGAAUGCUGAAGCAAUACAGCUUGAUUUGAUGGUUGUUACCAUUUGAAGAGCUGGCUCGAUAUCUGUAGGCAUAUUAUUUAUAAUCAUCAAAUCAAGAAAGGAAUAAGAAAAAUGUGUACAUAGUGUUUGUUUUCUUUAUUUUAAAAUGUUGUUGGUAAUUAUCUUUGACAUUACAUUUUGAUUGUUUUGGAUAAAUGAAGAUUUAUUAUAACAUUUUAGAGCAUAGUAUUUAUCUUAGUAUAGUGAUUUGGAUAAUUAAUUAUUAUUACAAAGGGUCCAGGUGACUUGGUUGUGGAAACAUUUUUUUAAGGCUAAUGGUCUUUAUCCUGCAUUAUUUCUUUGUCCAAUUGAAUUGCCUAUAAAAUAGAAUAUAUAUAUAUUUGUUAAAUUUAAGUAACACUGGUAUACCUGAGAAGCUCUGAAGUGGUGUCUUAAGAAAAUAUGGCACAUCAAUCAGUAUCGUAAUUUAAGGAGAGUUUUUUUGUGUAUUCAUUGCAGUGUUUUUUUGCAGUUUUUGUUUUUUGCAGUUCAUAACCUGACAUAAUUUUUGGUAUGGACAUUUAUUUAUUCUCCUUUUCAAAUGUACUGGAUUUGAGGACUAAGUCAUUUGAAUGUAGUCUGUGUAUCUGCAUGGCAGUAAAGUAUUUUGAUACUGUUGUCAGUACUGUAUCACUGGAAUUUAUGGAUCUUAAUGUCUGAGUAAUGCCAUACGUAAGAGAGGUUUUCCAGUUUAAUGUUUCAUUGUUCAUUAAUUUGUUUCAUGCUAGUUUAACUAAUACAGAUUGUUGGUAAGUCCAGUCUGAAUGCAGUUAUGACGUAUUUAAAAAUUAUGUGACUCAAGAUUUUUUGUGCUUUGUUAAAGAGAAAGUAGCUUGUAACUUAUAUAAAAAUAUUAACAUUUAUUCAGAUAUUGUCUAAUUUAUGAAUCUAAUAGCAUUGGUAUCAUUCCAGUGUAGAACUUCUGUUGUCUCACAACCCAGUAAUUUGUGAUGUAAAUUAUCUGUAGGACUCAUUGUGUCAAAGUUUAUUGACAUUUUCAAACAUAUUUAAUGAUUACUAGAGAGGUACACAGUUAAUGUACAAUGUACAACGAUAUGUUGCUCUGUGGAAAAGAGCCUAAUUAUGCUUGUCAGGGUAUUGGUAUUUUAUUUUAGUAUUUUUUAUUCUCCCCCCAAAAAAUAUUUUCUGUAAUGAAUUGCACAUUUUCUUCUGACUGAAUGUAGUACUUGAUUAAAUCUAUGUGUGAGACUUUGUUAUACUACAAAACUGUAAAAUUUGUGGUUUAUUUUGCUUUACAGUAUGGUUUCAAUGUUUUUAAGUACAAGUUACAGUUGACAGUUAUGUAUGUGAAUUAUGAAGUAGGUAGAUACAUUUUGAAUUCGGUUCGUGAUAUGUUAACAUCUGUUAUCAUGCCAUAAUUUUAAGUAACCCUUAUCUGAAGUAAAAUAUAUUGAUAUCAUUAACAAAUGCCUGUAAGGUGAUUAUAAUAUGGAAACUCAGACAAAUCCUUUCUAUUGUAUUUGUCCAUACAGAAGGAUGGUAUCAAUAUAUGUGCCCCAUUACAAAGAAGAAUAUGAUUUUUGGAUACUACUUUUGUAUUACUUAAUAAUAAUAAGUUAAAAUAACUUCAUUGAAUUAAUUUCCAUCAUGUUAUGAAGCUUUGUAGUUUAAAGCUCUGAAAUUAUUUUUGUUGCCUACACUGACAGUGCUAUGUCACACUUUUCACUCCCUUUCUUAUUAAAAAAAAUACUAAGUAGUCUUGAUAGUUGGUAACUCAGAACUACUAACCUUAUUCAUAACUAAAGUCUUAUUAAUAUUUUUGGUUUACUAUUUUGCUGUAAAUCAAAAUGGAGCAUAGUUUCUAACCUCAGAUAUUUUUCUCUUGGAGCACUCAAAUUAUACUUGUAAAACAACAUAUUUUACUAGGUUUGGUAGGUAAAAAUGUCACUUUUGAAAUGAAGAACAGUUAGAAUAGGCCUAGUAUGUUGGAGGUAAAAACCUUUACAAGCACUGAUAAAUUGUAUAAAUAGUGUACAUACUAUAUUGCAGGUGACCAAUGUCCUGUUAAAUUUCUGUCCUGUCCCCCACCAGUUAUAUUCCUUAUUUUAAACAUACUGGCUUCUGCGAAUGGGGUUCAUAAAUGUUUAAACUAGAGGAAAAAGAAGCACAGGUGAUAUUAUACCUUAAACAUAUACAAUUCAGUUGCUUUGUGGAAUAAAUCAUGUAGGGUAAUCAAUAAACCUAGUGGCAGUGUUAAUUUGUACUCAGUGUAGUUACCAGGAAGUUUAUAUGUACAGCAAACUAUUUUGGAACAUUUGUAUGAAUACAGAAAGGUGUAUCUAAAGUCAUCUGGCAGUAAUACUUUAAGUAGGAUUGUUACCUUCUGCUUAGACUUACACAGGCAUUGAAAUUUGUAGGACAUUAAAUCCAGUUUAAUUCUGGAAAUUUUAUGAACUGCAUGGGUUGAAAGUUUCAUAUUGACUUAAAGUGCUAGAAAUCGUAUAUAGGCCUACUUUAUUUGUAAUAAUUCUGCCCUGUGUAUAUUGGCUUUAUUAAGAUUUUUUAAAGAAGUGUUUUGAUUGUACAGUGUGGAAAAGCAAUGUGACAUUAACAUGUAACAUUUAUAUAUGUUAUGUCAGAAAUCUUUGUCCCACUUAGUGGCGGAAGAUCAAGUUGACUAGCCAUCAUCAUUUAUAUUAUUUUCUGCUUAAUAUUCAGUUAGUUAAUCAUCAGUUUCUGCUGACGGUCCUUCUCAUCUGGACCUGGACUAAUAGUUUCAAAACAUCUCAACAACUGGUCAUAUAUGUAUAUAUUUGAAAGUUAUGAUACCCAACUUGAGGGGCUAUUGAUUUGCCCAAUAUACCUCACUGUAAUUCCUCUAACUUUGAUUCAUAAACUCAUAAUGGCAUCUUACUUAAAGCAUGAAAUGUUACUUAUUUAACAGUUCUUACACUAAAAACCAGGUGAGAAAUUUUACCAAUUCAAAAAUGUGUUAAUCACAGCUGUGCAAUUAUAAUCUGAAAUUUGUUGACAGUAGGUUAAGUGAUUAAAUUUCUUUUAUAUAUACAUACAGA